CCGCUCGGGCCGGCCUUUGCUUUCCGCAUCCUCCCACGCCCAGUCUUCGGGCUUCGGCGCCCUUGAGGUUGCCGCGUACCCUGUGCCGCGAUCUGCGCCGCUUCCAGCCCAGCUAGCUCCUUGCGGCUGUAGGUUCCUGUCACACGGUGACUGCCACCGCGCAUCUCGGCCCUCCACGCUCUGACUCCAGUAGCUCUGACCCUUCCUUGUCUUGCAGUCCGCUGCGCCCUGAAAUGCAGCUUUCCCGGGCACCCUUCCUGCUUAUCGAUUAACUGGAUCCGCUCCUUUGCUGCUUUCAGUUCCUGGAAUGCUCUCCCCCUCCCUCUUCUAUACCGGUGUAAAUCCUGCCCACCCUUCUAAAACGACAGCUGCCCAACCCCCACACCCCCGUCCCCACCUUUCUCCUGACUUUCCUUGAGCCUCCACCUUGUCUCUGAACUCUCAAAACGCCUCUUCUCUUCUGGUCACCGGCGUCUUCCACUUCGUCUAACAGAAUUUUGGGUGCAUAGCUUAUCCCCAUCAGACCAUAAGCUCCUUUGAGACACAAGCCAUAUUCUCUGCAGCCUUUAUAGCACGAGUAAAAGGUAGACAGAUAAGUGAGUAAAUCUAAGCUGAGGUGGAUGGAUCCAUUUGAGGAAAUGAGUUUUCCAGAGGAGAGACCUGAGCCUUGAGGUCCUCCCAUGUUUAGGGGGCAGAAAAAGAGAAAAGAGCCACAAUCUGAAAAGGUUUUUGCAGAUUGCACCCCUAUGUCAUUUCCAUUAUGGUUCUUGUUUUCUUUUAACUGUUUUUCUGAAACCUUCAGUCUAACCCCAUAAAAGACCCAGCCUUGAGCUUUAUUGAGAAAAUGGAUGUCCCUCAGAUGAGAAUGUUCUCCUGCUAACCUCAAAAGUUUUCUUCAUUUCCAAGGUUAAUCCUUCUACCUGGGCUUCUAAUUUCAUCUUUUCCUGGGCCAUCCUAGAUUUUGUUCCAUCCCAUCCACCUCACUUUUAUCCUCAGUUUAGCCACGUUUCUUCUCCUCUAAAACAUAGUCAUAUCUCCUUAUCAAUAAGCAAAACAAAAGUAGAAUUUACUUGACCUUGUUACCUUUUCAGGCUGCUGCCCUAUCACUCCUGUUCGCUUAACCAGCAAAUCACAAGAAUAUCAAUUCGUAUCUUUGGGGUGAGAGGGAGUUAUGAUCCUUCUAAUAAUCUGUUUUUCUGCGUCCUAGAAAAAAUGCACAGACACGUGAACCUCGCGGGACGGGGUUCAUGGGGCCUGCUGGGGCUCUGGCUAAGAAUCCAUGCUUUUUACUUAAUGCCUGUUCCAAUUUAGUGCAUUAAAUUGACUUCUGUCCUAGGUUUACCUGUGAUCUGGUCACCUGUUCCCAUCCAGUGAUCCCAUCUGACCAGUUUUCAUGGCACUUUACAGUAGUGUUUCCCAAUUUUUAUUCUGGCCCAGUACACCCAAAGAUACAGCAUACCUCUGUCAGUGGUAGUGACUUGAUACAGCAGUGAUUUUCAACCACUGUUGUAGUUAAAUGAAAAUGCAUCCCAGAUGUUUCUGGAAUUUCCUACCUGUUUUCUUUCCGUAAUUGUUUUCUUUCUUCAAACUGGCGUUCCCUUGGCCUCUUUCUCUUGGGUUUUAUCGUCUGUUUCAGUGACACUUGUUACUUCCAUAUGUAUCCGUAGCCUAGCCUCUCUCCUAGGAUUUGUUCCAAAUUUGCAUAUCCAUGUGCCUGACAGACAUCAUCACAUGAAUAUUGUAUUGAGCAUCUUUUCUUUCUUGUUUUUUUUUUGGAGGGGGGCUGCGUUCGGUCUUCGUUGCUGCGCGUGGGCUUUCUCUUGUUGCAGAGAGCGGGGGCUUCUCUUCGUUGCAGUAUGCGGGCUUCUCAUUGCAGUGGCUUCUCUUGUUGCGGAGCACGGGCUCUAGGCGCGUGGGGCUCAGUGGUGGUGGCUCGCGGGCUCUAGAGCGCAGGCUCAGUAGUUGUGGCGCACGGGCUUAGUUGCUCUGCGACAUGUGGGAUCUUCCCGGACCAGGGAUGGAACCCGUGUCCCCUGCAUUGGCAGGCGGAUUCUUAACCACUGCGCCACCAGGGAAGUCCCUUUAUUGAGCAUCUUAACUUUAACAUGUCCAGUUCAUGAUCUUCUUGACUGAUGCUUAUUGACACCACCAUCCCCCUACACACAUAGUGACACACACCUGUUUCUUCUUUCUUCUAUUAGCAGUAUCCCACUCCAUAAAGUUUCCUUAGUUGUUAACUUGGAGAUAUUUUCAGCUUUGCCCUAGCCCAUUCAGUUAAUAAGCCUUGUUCUACCUCUAGAAUAACUUCAUCUGUCUUCUGUUUUUCCAUUGCCCUGCCUUAGCUCAGGAUCUGUGAAAAGUUUUUGUUAAUUUGAAAAUAGGAGAAAUCUCAGGUUGGAUUAGACAAGUGAGGAAAAUGAGGUUCUAGAAAAAUUUCAUCUGUCAGUAGAUCUGUCAGUCUUCUAGGCAAGAUGUACUGUCCUGUCCUUCUUCCUCCAGCCCUGAGAAGAGGUGGUCCUAUAACUGGUUAGCAUCUGGCCAGGGUAAUGGGGGAUAGGAGGAGAAAGAAUAAGUGAGGGGGAGGUUGAAGGCUGCAGGUCUCUUUGCUGGGAGCUUGUUUAUUACCUUAGUGUCCUGCUCUGUGUGUAUAUGUGUGUUCUUUUUGUUUGUUUUUUUUUAAAUAAAUUUAUUUUAUUUAUUUUUGGCUGCGUUGGGGUUCUUCGUUGCUGCACCCGGGCUUUCUCUAGUUGCCGUGAGCAGGGGCUACUCUUCGUUGCGGUGCGAGGGCUUCUUGUUGCGGAGCACGGGCUCUAGGCACGUGGGCUCUAGAGCGCAGGCUCAGUAAUUGUGGCACACGGGCUUAGUUGCUCCGUGGCACGUGUGUGUUUUCUUACUGUCUCACAGCUUGGGGUCCUUUCAAACCCCAGAUAACCUGAAUACAACCCUUUCUCAUCUUGUCCCUGUGCCAUUUGGUUUUCUUCCUCUGACCUUAUUUAAUGUCACUUUCAAUAGUCACUUGGAAUUAUGAUUCAAGGAAGCUGUGCCUCAGUUCAGUGUGGGAUCUACCCUCAGGGACUGGCUCAAAGGCAGUGUUCAGCCCAUGGGACUUACUCUGAGAAGCACUUAGAUGUCACACCCUACCCCUGACCCCCUCAACCAGCUAACCUGAACUUUUCUCCUUUCAUAUUCUUGACUUUUAAGAAAGAAGUUAUUCUCACUAACUUCAGUCUUUUAAUUUUAAUUCCCUCAACAGAGAGGAGGCUGAGAAUAUACAUUCAUAGUCCCAAAUUGAGGAACGUUUUGUUCAAGAUGAGAGAUUCCCAUUCUAAACUUUCUCUUGUUCCCUGGCUCAGAAUGUCCAGGGAAAUGUCCAGGGAACAGUUAAGUUGGAAGUAAUUUAUCUCAUGCAAAUGGGACAACAUGCCAACUGCCAAGCAACUAGCCGACAUUGGCUACAAGACCUUCUCCACCUCCAUGAUGCUCCUCACUGUUUACGGGGGCUACCUCUGCAGUGCCCGAGUCUACCACUAUUUCCAGCGGCGCAGCUCCCAGCGCCAGGCUGCAGAAGAACAGAAGACCUCAGGAGUCCCGUAGAACUGGGGGGCUUUUUUCCUUGAGCAGAGAGACCUGAGGCAUGUUGUGGAAAGACCUCACCUGCAAUCAUUUCUGAGUCAAGAGGAUCAGGGCCUUAAUGGUUUUCGAACUCUGCUGGGAAAAAGUGCCCAUGUUUUUUCUGGUACAGUCAGUUUGGAGAGGCUAUUGAAUCAUAACAGGAAUGGGAGGGUGAGGCACACCUACAGACAUUAAAUAUUUUGCCAUGUC